CACCCUGCUAGUUAUAUCGAACAAUUUAACCCCGCGCCAUCGCAUUUGUUGCAGAUAUGGCAUUAUUACCCACUCACCAAAUAAUGACCUUUACAUCUUUCUACGUCUAAGCGUGCAGCAUAAACGCACUCAUUAUAUAUCCACGGCUGUCAGCACCAUUAUAUGCCUUUCAUCUUGGCCCGUUUCUAGAGCCACAGUUAGUGGACUUCGCUGUCCUCUUACUACGUGUUUGGAGAGCAACUGUUCCGCUGAUGGUCACGCGUACCCAACCUACAUGCCGGCGGCCGUGCAGGACCAACUACAGCUGACCGCCGCCGGAAUCAUGGCGCGACCUUACCCGAACGGAGUGAAAACCCACCAACAGUAUCAUUCUCCGCAGUAUAGCAGCAUUUGGCAUAUCCCUGUCACCGGCGUUCCGAUCAGUAUUUCGAUGCCGUUCGUCCUGACCACGGCCAUGAUGCCUGGGCAACACGCCUAUAGCUAUGUGCCCUACUCGAUGAUCACUCAGGUGAUGCACUACCCCGCAAGUAGCACGUUGACAACGCGAACCCGUCCAAGUUCACCUUUGGCACCACCGCUCGUACCCGCAUCUCAACCAAAGUUCACGACACGGACGCCGGAGGAUAUUGAUGUGGCUACAAUGAAAUCACAACGAACGGAUCCUGCUCCAACGGUUACAGAAGCCACAGAACCUGUAGAUCUAUCACAACCUAUGGGAGCAAAUGAAUCAUUCGCAGCCGAUGUGCCAGCCAUGGACCUGAUCAACAACGAAAUGGAUAGAAGCAUGAACCCUGGCAUAAGUCGGGGAACUUAACCAGAGAUGAGCGGAAACAAUAAAAAUAUGGAAGAAGGAAAAGCGCUAGAAGAAGCUAUCACGGACGCGUUAGCGAAUACAAUUAAGCAGCAAGUGACUAACGAAACAGUAAUAUCGUUGAUGAACAGAAAAUUCUACAUGGUUAACUGGCUUUAGAAUACAGCCUAAGCGCUGACUUGCUGCCAUGUAAUUGAGAAUCAGUGUGUGACUAGAGCAAAUUAACAAGCUAAAUUAGGCUAAAUAAUCGACUAAUUAAUACCUACCUUUAAAACUUUAUCAGGCAUAAUCUAGACCAAAAGGCAAACCCGGAUGAUAGAGUAAUGAGAUUACUAGAAAUCCUGAAAAUAUUAGCGUCACCGUUACACGCUACAUGGAUGACCGUUUAUUUAAGUAUAACUGCAUAUGAUAUAUGAGUAAUUAACUAUAAUUAUAAUAUAUCUUUGAAAUACAUCGGUUUAGCAGAGAUCUUGAAUAUCGCCAAUCUCCAAAAGCUAAGACUAUUAGUUUUACCAGUUUCAUUCUUAAUGUAGCACGCAUUUGUUCUUAUAUGUUUCAUGUUAAGGUUCUCUCAUAAAUUCAGUGAAAAAGUCACAAAAAAGUUUAUUCAAUGUUUAUCGAAUGAGAUGAUUUCUUGCAUUUACACCUCGUCCUUUAUGGCAUAUAUAAAUAGAAGCUUUAACUAACACACGACAGAUGAUGCUCUCUUUGAUAAAUCCUGCAAAUACAAAAAACGUUUGCAACGCUUUUUUGCAAUCCCUACGUGGAAUCCCUCACCGAACAAAACCCGCACACGUAGCAUUGGCCGAGGAGCCGGCCGCAGAACUUCGUACCCCCGACCUGAAGCAACUCGACCUUCUGCAGGAAAUAUUUUCUAAUCCGAAUGUCGCUGACGAAAAGAUAGCAGCCGCUAUGAAAAGCUUUGACAAAGCGCCGAUUGACAAAUCGGUCCGGGAUUUAGCCAACAUUCUUAAGCUUCUCGUAACUGAACACCAGCUUUCACUGCAAUCUCUCCGCAUUAUUUCCGUAGCUAUGGACAAGCUAUCCAUCCGCACCAAUAGAGAAGCAUUAACUUCGGUGGUGAACACCAGGGUUGAACCUUCUGCUCAGCCUGUUUCCAUACUGUCGUCACGUGCACGCCGAGAUGUGCUUCCGCAUCCAGGACAUCCUGACAAACGAACAGGGGCCUAUGACGAUUUUUCUAAUUAUGAAUCUUUCGGCGACCUUAGCCGUCCUCGUCAGAAGAGGUUCUCGUACCAUACAAUCGGUGCGUUAGCUCUUCUCGCGUUAGCAACCUCGCCGUACCUCUGGGGCGGACCUUUUGCAUUCGGCCCAUGGGCCUACCGCUACGGCUACCCCGGAUAUUAUCCAGGGUACGUGCCCGUAGCUGCUCCUCCGGCAGCGGCAGCAGCAGCAGCAAUAGCUAAGAAGUGAGAACUAUUCAACCCACCGAGGAAGGCUUAACAUAAGCUUCAUAAACAUCGUAGCUGAGAGGUGUGUAUGGGAAGUGGUCAGACUGAACGAACACUAGAACCACUACACGCAGACACAAUAACUAUUCAUUGCGAUAUCAUUGCUCAUUCUCUGUAAUGAUCUCUCGUGAUGUUUUUAGUUUUAGAAAAUGAAAUUCGAUAGUAGGUGGACGCUCGAUGAUGUCUAAAGCACAGCGUAUGUUAUUGGGGUUCAGCCCGCUAUCAUGAAAAUUGAACAUGACAGCGCAAACAUUAUCGAUCUGGAGGGUCGUAGCCACUGCGGCCGAACGUUUAAGUAUGGACGCUGUAACACUAUUAUUGCAUUAGAGAAUGAACCAACUUCCUUUAUCUAAACGGCAGGAAAUAUAACGAAGUCCAACACGUCUUGAGGAGGCUGGCUGCACUCGAUCAUCUAAACAUAUAUUGUGAUUCUCAAAAGCAGUGAGAAAGACUGAGCGUACGCGGUUGUGCAGAUACAUAUGAUACACAGAUGCGUGCAGAGAUGUGCAGAUACACAGAAAAAUAAAAAUGCAAAGAACUACCAUAUAGUUCGUUAUAAACUUCAUAAAUAAACAGGCAAACACAGGCGAAAUUGCUCUUAAACAUACAUCAGCCACAAUGGUACAAUAAAAGUUUGUAUCGUAAUAAAAUGAGGAAAUGCUUUUUAUGUUGUUAAUUUUUCUACAAUUUCUGGACAUGGUGUUUUGAUAAUCCAAGAUUCCAAACUGUCUUAUUGUUUAACCACAUUUUUUUUAAGAAUAUCUAUGCUGGAGCCCUCACCUUAGUUUUUGCAUUCCUGACCAAAAAAAUAACAACAGCGAUCCUUGUCUAUAAGUCCUCAAAAAUAGAGAAUAUUCCAAAGACAUCAAAGAUGUUUCUGAGAUUGGAGAUCUAGGAUUUUAUAGCUAUCUAUAACUGUAUGUAAUCUAUGUAACGCAAAUUGUAUAAAUGCGCAUACCCUUGAUACUAUGUGUAAAUUAGCGCAAUUUUGUUAACCUACCGCUUUUGCAAGCCAUAACGUACGGUGAAGGAGAACAGUUAUUCGCCAUUCGUGGUACAUGCAGAAUUUUACCCUUGAAAUGCCCGUUUGAACUGGUGAUCGAUAUCACGAAGAUAAACGCAUGUGAAAGUCCUUGUUUUUAGUUUCGCCGCCUGAUAGACUACAUCUUCCUUGCCAGAUUUCCCGAACCUUCAGAACUCAAGAAUAACCAUAAUGGUACUUUACUUGAUUAGCAAACGCUUUAUUCUUAAUUUGUACAAUUUCAUUAUAACUAUGUGCACAUGUAUUCGUUCUAUAAGUAGAUAAAAGAAAAUUUAACUGGCAUUCGUGUUCUGUGUUAUUGCUUACUCCUCCAUAGUUUCUUAUCUAUCUGGAACUUAACUCACCAGCCACAUUUCUUAGUAAAUCCCUAUUUUUCAAGUCUACGUUUUGUUAUUUCGUCGUUGUCGUCUGUGACUGAGCAGAGAUAUUUGCCUUUCUAAAGGAAGAUCCCUAGGCUACCCUAGUAUAGAGAGAAAAAUCUAUAGCCCUUUCCUUUGUGUAGCUUUUUUUUGGCGAUUGGGGUUCCACUCAGAUAAUGCUGUAAAUGAUUCGUCUUGGGCGACAUCUGGAUGUUAGCGGGCGCGCGCUCACGGGACUACUGCGAUAUCCAAAAAUAUCUAAAUUACGAAUGUCACAUACACUGAAACACAUGCCAGUGAACAUUCUCUCAGCGCAACUACAUAUAGUGUGCGCCGUAUAUGAUGGCAAUAUUUCGGAUUUCAGAAAAAAGCUUCCAUAGAUAUAAAAUAACUUAAAAGCUAAGCUCACAGAAAAGCAAACUUAACAUAAUAGCGUUCGUUUUCGUGAUGAACUUGAUGCAUAAUAGAGUUUUUCUUGAUUUCGACAAUAGUGGUUUCCCUGAAGUUUCCGCCCGCACGAUCGGAGUAAAUCACAUGCAGUUUUUUUUUCUAUCGCUUGUGUAUUCCAUAACAGACUCGAUAGUGAUUAUGUCAUUUGUACAGUAAUAUAGUUUGCACACCUGAUUCUGCAUACUGCUGCACACUAUGCAUUAAACACUUACCAGAGAAUAGUAUUCGCUAUAUCUCGCCUUGGCCUUAUAACUGCCAUUGCGUGAGAAUUCCGAAAUCCUGCUUAUAUUUAUUUGCUUACAUUUUCGUCAUACGUGAUUGUGGUGUCCUCAGCUCGCACUGGGCUACAUAAUAGGAUCUUGCUUUGUUUUAUUCACUCUCAACGAAUUGUACGGUGCGUAUGGCUUUUUUGAUAGUUGCCAGCAAAAACUUAUUUUUACAGUAUGAGGUUUUCUAAAAGCUCUAGUUCAAUGAUUGUGCGAAAAAUAUUAAUUACGUGAGUGGUUGUUAUGAAUUACUUGAUGUUACAUGAAUGCUAGGCCAGAAAACUUGACUGCCGAUAUGCGGAGAAGAACUAUAAACAUGUAGUUACAUCCUUCUGAAAAUUAAUUAGUGUAUGGUUCAGGCUAUGAUAUUAGGUGGUAGUCCCUGGAAAAGAAGGAAGCGAGACAUGAGCAUGCAACGCCCUUUAAGACGACCAUCACCUUCCAUAAUAAGGGCCUCUAUGAGAAACCAAAACACACGAAGGAACACCAUGGAUACCAAAUCUAGUUUUUCUUAAGCGUAGUUCGUUUUUUUACGGUUUUAGCCUUCUCCGCUUGUCACUUACCCUAACAUUCAACGUGACCCACAGAAGCAUACACUGAGAUGAAGGACAUUUUUAUUAUUAAAUAUAGGAAGUAUCUUGCUCCGACAGCCAUUACUCUACUACAUUGUCAUUACUAGAAUACCGGUUUACCUUACUCUGCUCUGAAGUUGUUUAAUUGUCCCGUCACUUCAAGCCGCACGCAGUUCACUGCGUAAUUUCAUCGGGUACGAAGCCAGGUCACUGACUUGAACAAUUAUGGAAUUCUGUUCUUCGCUCCAACCCAACACAAUCAUUUUGACUGAAGAUUGUUUAAGUAUCUUGUCUGCUACCCCACGUCUAUCUUUCCAAGGCACUGCGAAACUAAGUACAGCAGGCUCGGCUAGAACUGGAACCUUGUAGAAAUCCUCAUCCAGAAAAAUAAGCGACUCGCUAACCACGUCUGCGACAGUGCCGAAAUCUACGUAUAAGACCUGCACGAGACGACUGACUACCGGUCGCAGAAUAACGGCACGGUGAAAAUCCUGAGUGCCUUCGAAUGGAACAGCGCAAGGUAGACCUUUGCGUAACUGGUUAAGAGGAAUUGUUUGGUUCUUAUUUCGGCCGUAGGUGCUUUGAAGUUUUUUUUGCAACCUAUCGCGCUCACCUAUUCUAUCAAUAAUUGUGAUAAACAUACGCAUAUGUCUUGGAACUAUAUCUAUUUCAUUGACUUCGGCAAUGAAGACCUUCUCAUCGGAUGGCUGUUGUGGCCUACGCUCAUUAGGCUCAGGAAAUACAGUACAGUAAGGAUAUUUUUCUACAUAUGUAGGGGCGAUCGUUGGAUGACCUACUCUUAGUAAUUCGGUUGAAAUCCGUACUACGGGACAUUUUGCAUCGGCGACGCUUAUUACG